CUGCGAGUAAAACACUAAUAUCUCCAUCUUUUAAUCCUCGUUAACAACUUACAUUUCAUCUGGUGAACUUAAUUAUUCAUAUAACAACAUUUCAUUGUUUUUGUAAUGGAAGAGACUAGCAACUUGACAACCUCCGGUAAUGGGCUUAUUGUAAAUCUUAAUGUCAUGAUUGAAGGAGAGCCAAGUUGGGUUUUUCCAGCAGAGAAGACACCUGAGGGUGAAUAUUUCUUGUCUAACCUCGACGGUGGUCCGUUUAUGAUUCAUACUAUAUAUUGUUUUAACAACACUUUUAAUAGUCAACUAGAUGCUGCUAAAGCUAUCAGAGAGGGCUUAGCAAAAGUUCUUGUUUACUACUAUCCUCUUGCCGGACGUGUAGCAAAGAAUGAGAAAAACAGGUUUAUUAUCAACUGCACAGGUGAAGGUGCUCUCUUUGUGGAGGCUAAGGCUGAUUGUACAUUAGAAGACAUCAAUGACUUGAUGAAACCUGAUUCUGUUGGUCCCGAGAAACUUGUUUAUGAUAUUAAUGGUCUACAAAACCCUCCUCUACUUGUAGCUCAGGUGACCAAAUUCAAAUGCGGAGGAUUUUGUUUGGGAUUUAGCGUGGAUCACACAAUUGUUGAUGGAAUUUGUGCAAUGGAGUUUUUGAAUUCAUGGGGUGAAGUCACAAGAGGGUUGCCAAUCUCAAACCCACCGUUCCUAGAUCGAACCUUGCUGAAAGCACGAGUCCCACCUAAUGUAAAAUUCGCCCAUGCAUUUGAACAGAUAAUCGACAUGUCAGAUACCAUGGCUCUCUUGGAAGAAGAAAUGCAUGUCAAAAAAUCCUUCAUCUUUCGCACGGAGAAGCUAGAACAACUGAAGAAAGUAGCCAUGGAAGACGAGGUUUUGAAAAGAUGUACUACUUUCGAAACACUCACUGCUUUCAUGUGGAGAGCUCAAACUAGAUCACUAAGACUUCAUCCCGAUCAACAAGUAAGGGUACUCUUUACGGUUGACGGACGGUCUAAAUUAGACCCACCACUACCAAAAGGAUUCUUUGGUAAUGCAGCCAUGUUAAUGAGUUGCCAGUCCAGCGCGAGGGAGAUACUAGACAACCCAUUGUCAUCAACAGUACAGAAAAUUCAAGAAAAAAUUAAGAUGGUUACAGAUGAUUACAUCAGAUCAAGCAUAGAUUAUUUUGAAGAACAUCAUGAAAGGAAACCGUUAACAUAUACCAUUAUCUUAAAUGCUUGGUCUAGGCUAGCUUUCCACAGUGCAGACUUUGGUUGGGGAGGACCUAUUUACUCAGGCCCCUUGCAUGUGGCAAAAAACAUGGUUUUGUUCUUACCUCAUGGAAAGGAACAGAGAGAUAUAAGUUUGUUUCUAGGUUUGCCUGCUUCUGCAAUGAAGAUCUUCGAAGAAUUAAUUGAUAUAUAGAGGUAAGAAAAAAAUUACAAGUCUUUGUUGCUUGGUUUGUUCUUUUUGUGUGUUUAGAGGUAUGGUUUUGAGCAUCUUAAAGCUCAAUUGUAUUGUCCUUUUUAAAUUGUAUA